UGCAUUUUUUAUGGUCUGGUACGUUGGAUAUAUAAAUGUGUUAAAACAGAUCAGAAAGAUCACUGGAUCGAAGGUAUUACUCCUGAAAUACACACAUAAGCUUUUACCUGUAAGCAACAUACUCUUGUGAUGCGGGCUCUCAUUAUUGAAACAGUUAUUUUAAUGCAAUUACUUCAGCUAAGUACAGUUCUUAGCUGUUGUGACAUUGCCAACUGGUGGGAUAGUUUUAACCUCGCUGGGUUAUCUGAAUGCCUCAGAGACCGUACCUACAUCAAGGGAUUAUGGAGAAAUGAACAACGAGACACUCAAAAUCUCUUUCUUAUUGAAGAAGCGAAAUGCUGCGAUGCAGUAAUACAAGAUUACACAUGGAAAUCAUCUUCGUGCCAAAAUGCUAACUGGCGAUACACAUUGGACGGCAUCAAUGUAUGGGCAAAAUGUCCCCGUGGCUACUUUCUGAGAGGCUUCACAAUAAGUAUGGCAGUUGGUUUAAGCCAUAUAGAAGAAGCAAAAUGCUGCCAUCCACAGACUCACCCAAACGAAUACGGGGACUGCUACGAGGAAGACGUUUCAAUUUCGUUCGACAAUAAAGGUUGGAGUGAAUGCAAACGGCAAGGCUACUACAUGGCUGGAUUCUACAAAGGGACUUGCGAUGGCAUUAACUGCAUCGAAAAGUUCUACUGUUGUCAAAUGAAACAUUAUGGUAAUACAAUUAUUGGGAAGAGAAGUGCAAGAUUCAGGAAAAUUUUCAACCUUUAAAUUUAUUGUGUAUUAAGAUUCC